CCUGCUUCAGCCACGGAUCUCAAAGGAGGUGGAGGCGGACAAACUGAGCUUUGCCGGGACUCGGGAAGAGAGAUGGAAGAGGAGGCAGUGACCACGGGGCCUCAGGGCUCCGCCGAGUGGAAACCCAGCGCUCGGAGCACCCCUCGGGGUGCAGGGCGCCCCCGAGUCCCCAGCAGCGGUGACCCCACAGGCAUGGAGCUGGACGAGGCCCCCGAGGCCGGCACCCGCCGGGGCAGGGCGAACGCCAGCACAGACCAUCUGGCGGGCGAGCAGGCCCGGAGCUACGGGGAGUGCCAGGGCAAGUGCCGGCCCUGCCCGCUGCACGUGGCCAUGGGCCGGGGCCUGGAGACACGGCCCUGCUGCGCCCAGCACUCGCCCUGCUCCCGGCCCUGCCAUGGCCUGCUCUUUGCCGAGGCCGACCGAGAGGACUUGCUGAGCCUCCUGUGCUACGAGGGGGGGCUGCCCGAGGCCAGCACUGAGACACCGUUGGCCCGUUCUGACAUCCUGGCUGGAACCAACCUGGAGAUGCUGCAAGCUCGGGAGGAACUGGCCGCUGUGGAGAAGCCUGAAGGACUGGGGAAAGCGGAGGAAGGACCUUCCGGCAGCUGGUAUUAUGGAGAGGGUCUCUGCGAGGUCGAAUCGGCCUGCGAGGGCAAUCGGGAAGGUUCCCUGGAGCCAGCCUGGGUGGCCCUGCCUCCCGCUCCGGCCCCAGAGGCAGAGCAGCCCCCCCAAGGCGGCGUGACCAACAGGGAACCCCCAUCCUCCUGCCUGGCCUUCAAAGAGG